AUGUCAGUUGAUUAUGCAUCUAAGCUGUCCUACUAUCCCAACAAAGGAGUUUGUGGUGUACCUGAAGUUCUCGAUGACGAUUCCCAACUAAAUUUUAAACUCACUGAACUUGUUAAUUUGGUACGUCGAUCCACCUACAUAGUUGUGCAUACUGGAGCUGGUAUUAGCACAUCAGUGGGUAUACCGGACUUUCGAGGUCCUGGUGGUGUCUGGACGUUGGAGAAAGUUGGAAAGAAGCCUAAACUUUCUAUACCUUUUGAAAAAGUGAUUCCAUCACUAGCACAUCGAGCUCUUGUUGAAUUGGAAAAACAUGAUGUUGUCAAAUUCUUAGUGACUCAAAAUAUAGAUGGGUUGCACUUGAGAUCUGGCUUUCCAAGAGACCGUUUGGCUAUUCUUCAUGGUGAUAUGUUUCUUGAAUCAUGUAGUGCUUGUGGAACUUUAUACGCUCGAUCAACACCUUCAGGAUCAGUGGGUUUACGGCAGUCAUCAGUUGUAUGCACCUAUUUGAAACCUAAUAAACGGUGUUGCAGAGGAAAGCUUCGUGAUACUAUUCUUGACUGGGAAGAUGACCUACCACUCUUAGAUUAUAAUCUUGCAAUAGAACAGUCAAAAAAAGCAGAUCUUCAUAUAUGUAUUGGCUCAUCACUACAAAUGUUCCCUGCUGCCGGUCUUCCUCUUACAAAUGUUUGUAAGACUGUCAAUAACAGAAGUACCAACAAUUGUCCUUUCAUUCAAAAUGAUUAUAAAAUUGAGAGUUCAAAGAAUCUUGGAUCAAAACUAGUAAUUGUUAAUCUGCAGCCAACAAAAAUGGCUAAAUAUGCAACUUUAAAUAUAAAUGCACCGGCUGACUUCGUAAUGAAAGUAUUAUGUGAAAAAUUAAAUAUAUUGGUCCCAUCCAUAUCUCCACUCAAUGAUAGUUUGUAUUCACCAGUAAUUGUUUUGAGGUCAAUGCAUUCCAAUUUAAAAGCACAAUGUCCAUGGCGUAUUCUCCCUCAUCCAACCAAUAAGCAUUCACUUCUCAUUGUUCAAACUAGUAGUCAGUGCAUGGAACUAAAAACAAAAAAGGAUGAUGAAACGAGCUGUUUUCAGUCUGAAAUUGUUCCAAACGAGUCACGCAGUACUGUUUCAUUUCAGUUGUCUAAAUUAGAAUCAACGUCUUGA